AUGCAUAACUAGGGCUUUCUCGAAAGUACUAUACUUCUCCUUCGCUUUGUUUAAAUACCCCAUGUGUCCUUCCGACACACAUCACACAAAGAAGCGAAAUCAUAGUUAGAAGUCUUAAACAUUCAACCUCAAUUUGCAGAGUUCUAAUAUUACAUUGCAGAGAAAAUGUCUUUGAUUCCAAGUUUCUUUGGUGGCAGAAGGAGCAAUGUUUUGGAUCCUUUCUCCCUCGAUGUGUGGGACCCUUUUAAGGAUUUUCCUUUUCCCACUUCUCUUUCUGCUGAAAAUUCAGCGUUUGUGAGCACACGAGUGGAUUGGAAGGAGACACCAGAAGCACACGUGUUCAAGGCUGAUAUUCCAGGGCUGAAGAAGGAGGAAGUGAAGCUGGAGAUUCAAGAUGACAGAAUUCUUCAGAUAAGUGGAGAGAGGAACGUUGAGAAGGAAGACAAGAACGACACGUGGCACCGCGUGGAGCGAAGCAGUGGUAAGUUCAUGAGGAGUUUCAGAUUGCCAGAGAAUGCUAAAGUGGAUCAAGUUAAGGCUUCCAUGGAAAAUGGGGUUCUCACUGUAACUGUUCCAAAGGAAGAGAUUAAGAAGCCUGAUGUUAAGGCCAUAGAAAUUUCUGGUUAAACUAUGUUGCUCUGUUUCUUCGUUAUUGAAAAGUCGUGUGUUUAUGUUUUCUUAUUCUGAGGAUCGUUUGUAUGAGUCGUGUAAAAAAUAUGUCAGCUAUUAUGUUGGUUAAGACUUAAGAAGCUUGAUUAUGUUAGGGCAAUACAAUGAUACAAAUCUCUUGUUAAACUGUGUUAUCUGUUACUUGGAUGAAAGAUUGUGUGUUUGGUUUUCUUCGACGAGUUAUAUGUGUAAGAAAGUAAUAGAAUAACAGUUUUAUAUAUAAA